AUCACAGAAGAAGACUGGAAGGGACCACAGUGAGUCACCUGUCCAACCUCCCUGCUCAGGCAUGGUUUUUCCAUGUCAGGUUGGAACGGGCUUUGAGCAACCUGGUUUACGGGAAGGUCUCCUUGCCCACGGCAGGGGGAUGGAUUUUCGAUCUUCAGGGCGCCUUCCAACCGCUCUGUGACCCCUCCUCACCGCCCAGGCGGGCCCGAGGCCUGCCUCCGCCGGGACCAUCCUUAUUAGGCGCUGCGGGAAGCGGCGCUGGGCCCGCCCCGCCGGCAGCGCCGCCUCCUCCGGCCGCACCGCGCCGCACACGCCGGGACCGGCCCUGCCCGGCCUUGCCCAGCGCCGCUGCCCGGGCCCGGCCCGGCCCCGCCGGCACCAUGCAGGAUCCAAAUAAAGACACGGAGUGGAAUGACAUUCUGCGCAAGAAAGGGAUCCUUCCUCCGAAGGAAAACCUGGAGGAACAGGAACGAGCAAAGGAAGAGGAGCAGUUUGCCAUCCUUCAGAAGUCUCUGGUGAAAACUUAUGAGGACAUGACUCUGGAAGAGCUAGAAGAGAAUGAAGAUGAAUUUAAUGAGGAAGAUGAGAGAGCUAUUGAAAUGUACAGGCAGCAAAGGUUAGCAGAAAUGAAGGCAGCUCAAAUGAAGAAUAAAUUUGGGGAAGUUUUGGAGAUUUCGGGAGAAGAUUAUGUUCAAGAGGUUACAAAAGCUGGAAAAGGUAUAUGGGUAAUCUUACACCUCUACAAACAAGGAAUUCCACUCUGUGCCUUAAUAAAUCAACAUAUGAGUGGGCUUGCAAAGAAGUUCAGAGAUGUGAAAUUCAUCAAAGCUAUCUCUACCACCUGCAUCCCCAACUACCCUGAUAAGAACCUGCCCACCAUAUUUGUGUACCUGGAGGGAGACAUCAAAGCUCAGUUCAUCGGGCCUUUGGUGUUUGGUGGCAUGAACCUGACAAGGGAUGAAUUGGAGUGGAAGAUUUCUGAGUCGGGUGCCAUCAAGACAGACCUCGAAGAGAACCCCAGGAAGCAGAUCCAGGACCAGCUCAUGUCCUCAAUCAGGGCAUGUGUCCCAGCCAGAGGGGAGAGUGACUCAGAGGAUGACUAAUUCCUGUAUCUCCAUCCGGAUUGAUGCUGUGCACUGGCAGCCAGUGCUCCCACCUCUAGCACUGGAGGCACUCCUCAAGGCCUUGCUGAGCCCCAGAAGGGUAGCCUUUCAAGACAUUCAUUCUAGAAACCUCUAGAAACUAAAACCAUUUCUGUUUUUUAAAAAUUGCAGCUUCACUUAAGAUGCUGAAAGACAUUUUGUAUAGUGAAGCCUGAGUAAAUCUUACUCAAAAGUUUUAAAAUACAGACGUGAGUAGAAA